AAAGAAUAUCUAGAGCGGAAAACCCAAAAGACGCAAAACCACAAACCGCAGAGCUCUGGAGAAACGCCGCACAAAUCGCAAAUCUCUCAUUUUCCCACCGCAGCCGCGCAAUUACUCUUCACCACUCCACUUCUCUCGUAAUUCCGGCAGCCCGAAUUUCAGAUUCCGGCUGCGGAUUCGUUUUUUCUCCCCGAUUGGGGUUAGCAGUGGGUGGAAAAAGUUGAUUCGACGAUCGGGGAGAUGCGAUGCGAUUCUUUCGAAGGAUAGCGGGAAUACUCGGGUUCGUUAGAGACGAAGGCGGCGACCACGGAGAAGACCAAGAAGAAGGAGACCACGAAGCGGAGCAGCAAUGCGUUCCUCCUCAUCAUCAAUCACGGCAGCAUCAUCGCCCCGAUUACCGCGAAACAGGGAUUCCACGCAAAGGGUUCAGCGUCCCUGUCAAGGUCGCCGUUGACCGGCAGCAGCCUGGCCCUAUUCUCAUCCCUUGCAAAGCUGGUGAUGGCGGUGUCCAGGGUCUGAGGUGGUAUGCAAAGAGCCUCAAGAUAGAUGAAGACGGAGAUGUUGCCAACGAAUUCCUCGACGAGACCAUCUCACUGUUUCCAACCCCCACCAGUUUCAGUUUCGGCAAUGACCCUUCAGCGUUGCCUAGGUUCGAGGCAAGGUCUAACGUACGCCAUGCAAAGGUCAGGAGGCAGUUCAUGUCCCCUGAAGGUAAGUUCCUGAACUGCAUCGAACACCAAGGCGGAUUCCAACUGGUAUGACGAUCACAAGAACGCGAUUUUCGGAUUCGCCGAGGAACACUCUGGGAAACGCAUGCAGGGUGUCGGGGUUGGUGUUAUAAUGAAGUCUAUAUAGAGCUGAAUAUGGAGAUGAGUCCUGCCAUGGUCUUUCCCUCAUCUCUUUCACCCAUGGAUUAUUGGUUUCUGCUAUUGGUGGUAAAAAGAGUGUAUUUUUGCAAACAAUGCGCACCUGGAAAAUUGUACUAAAUAUAUAUGCCCAAAACAUAGGGCUCUUUUGAUAUCACAUUACGUACACUCUUUUCCUGGGUGAUGGUAUUUCUUGCUUGACUUGAAGAUCGUGGAUCAUGUUACCCCGCUUUACACCUUAAUAUAUAUGCUAUUUUUUUUUUUGUCAAAAUCUGUUACAAACGGGGCAAAGUCAAGUUUAGACCGAAAAUAGCACGAUAUUUUCUAUUGGAGUUUAAACCGGUAGGUGAUAUUUAGUGAUAUGAUACGGUUGAAUCACAGUUAAACGGACUAUAGUUUCAGUAAUACAAUACCCCCAUGGUAUAGACAGGUAAUAAAUGUCUCGAUUUUUUUGUUCCAAAAAUAUAUCAAAGUAGAUAUCAUUUUGAAGAGCACAAUUAAUCUAAUUUAUCUAUGCAGAUAAAAAAUACAACUUAAAACAAGAGUAAAAUCGUUCGUUUAAUAUUAUAGAAAAAAAAGUAAAAGACUUCCAUAAGUGACGUGAGAUGAUGAUGUGGUGACUGGGAAUUGGAUUAUGAUAGUUAUUAACUAGUAGAAUACUAACUAGAUCCUCCCUUUUUCGUCUCAUUUCCUCUCUUUUUUUAUUAUAUAUAUAUUUUGCAUGUUGGGUGCUGGAAUUAAAAGUUCCAACCGUCAAUUAUCACCAAUGGUCAUUUUUUCAAUAGUUAGUCUUUCCUAUUUCAUUUUAUUCUUACCCACUUCUCUUUUUUUACAGCAAUCUUAACCACUUCUCAACGCUUCAUUCUUUCCUAUAAAGAUAGUGUGUUUCUUUUUAAUUAAGUUGCUAAGUGUACUUUUUAUUUACAUUUGGUGUAUGAUCUAUUUUUAUUAGUGAAAAUAAUAAAAUUAGAUAAUUUUUUUACAUUCAAAUUAAAUAAAUUACAUACAAAUGUUUGUCAUGAUUGAUUACGAUUAACUAUGUAGAAAUAGAUCUACUUUUAUUAAUAAUAAUAAUAAUUCUAAUAUCCG